AUGGACAGUAGAUGUACUUCAUGUUUAACCUGCUACAUUCUCCUGGUAUUUGUUUCACAUGCUGCGUCUGUAUCAACAGAGAAAGGGGACCCACUCAGCUGGUAUAUUGCUCAUGAUCUGACAGGAUCUGAUGAUCUGAACUUGGCUACCAGAUUCAAUACUCAGACUGUACGCAAUGAUACGGAUAUCUUUCGGUUGCCGGGAUCUCAGAGGCAGCCUAAUCUGCCCUUAGAUGUUGCACCUGUAGCAGGUUUACAAAUACAGGGAUUUCCCGAUGGAAACAGCUGGACCUCCAGAAAUUCUAGAUGGUCAGGUCUAUCUUCAUGGGGUCAACGGACACCAUCAGCUGCUGGGUGGGGAGAUGAAAUAUUAGACAAUACACCCAGCCAGACACGAAACAAAAGAAAGUGGUCUCAUUUUAGUUCUUGGGGUAAGCGAAGUCUGCAUAAUACUUUCGGAGAUGGUACUGACAAGCGAUGGAAAGAAAUGCCAGUAUGGGGAAAGCGAGAUGGCGCAGAUAAGACAAAGAAAUGGAAAGAAAUGACUGUAUGGGGAAAGCGAAACGACAUUGAGGGUAUAAAGAAAUGGAAAGAAAUGGCUACCUGGGGAAAACGGAAUGAAAUAGAUAAUAAAAAGAAAUGGAAAGAAAUGACUGUGUGGGGAAAGCGAGACUUUAUAGACAAUUUAAAGAAAUGGAAAGAAAUGUCUGUAUGGGGUAAGAGAAAUGAUAUAGACAAUACAAAGAAGUGGAAAGAAAUGUCUGUAUGGGGUAAGAGAAAUGAUGUAGACAAUAUAAAGAAAUGGAAAGAAAUGUCUGUAUGGGGUAAGAGAAAUGAUGUAGACAAUAUAAAGAAAUGGAAAGAAAUGUCUGUAUGGGGUAAGAGAAAUGAUGUAGACAAUAUACAGAAAUGGAAAGAAAUGUCAGUAUGGGGUAAGAGAAAUUAUUUAGAUAAUACUAAACCGUGGAAAGAGAUGUCUGUAUGGGGAAAACGUAACUGGGAUAUGAAUAGAAGUGAGAUGAAUUUGUGGAGGCAGAAUGAGCAAGCAAGACUAGGGAAAAAAUGGAAGUCCUUAAGUGCUUGGGGAAAACGAGAUAGCAUGACUGAUUCUGACACCGACAUUUCAUCGCUAGGAAAUCGGGACAGGGACCAUAUAGGAUUUGUGAACAAUGUAAGCACUCGAGAUCCCAGCGAGGGCACAAAUCUGGAUAAAAAGUGGAGAGAAAUGACCGUGUGGGGAAAACGAAGUAUCCAGUCGCCUGAGGCAAGACUACCGACCCAGCUGCCUCUGUGGAGAACGUUAAGACGUGUUCGCAACUGGCGUGAUAUGGACGUUUGGGGCAAAAGACCAAGUUGGAGCAAGACGGGAUUCACAAGUUGGGGCAAGAGAUCAGCUGAUUUUGAUAUGAACCCAUCUACAUAUUUCCAGCAUCAGCUGCAGUAUUUGACAGGUAGGUCUUUGAACAACAAUACAUUUAGUGAUU